AAUGUUCACAUUUCAACACAGCACAGCGGGCGCGACGGACGCACAAUUCGGAGGAGUCGGACGUGGCCGAUUUUUCAAUCGAUUUCACCUAUUUUAUUGUUUUGUCAGUUUACUUUUUAUAGUUUGUGGAUGAUUGUGGGCAUUCGCGAUUAUCUCAUGAUGAUUUGUGAGACAACUCCAACAACGUUAACAGAAACCAACGUGCAGAUUUGCCGCAGAAGUACACGACUAAAAAUCAAGGAUUUUCAGAGCCGUGUUUCGUGGAGCGUUGAAUCGGAACCUCUCGGUUACUUCACACUUCUUCCAACAGAGCUGAUGUAUCAAAUACUGCACACCUUGACAAUUCAAGACAUUGGAAUCUUAAGCUUGACCUCUAAGAGUCUUCGAGAUGUCAUCUCAGUCUACAUAAACAGCAGAUCUGGCAUGAAAAGGAUUCAACCGCGCAAACUAGUCCACCUGAGGAAGCACUCAUGCAAGCGGACAAUUUGUGAUAAUCACAUGAGCCACUAUAGAAAUAUUGGCUUACUACUGAAGAGGACAACGUGUCUCUAUCCAACAAGAGAACGACUGAGGAUCCUUGAAAACUGCGUAUCUCAGCUCCAAGGAGUGAAUAGGAUCUUCACCUGCCAGGCUCUGAGCUGCCACGGUCAGCUCCUGAGUACCUUCACACGAGGCUGGGAGGAGAGAGAAUGUAUGAGGGCUUACCUCACCGUUAGUGAAAGCCAGAGCAUGACAAAUAAAAUCUUGAUGAUGCUUUCAGGUAACCCAGGCUCCAACUCCCAAGUGGAGAUCAAGACCCGUCGUUUCUUCCGACACGUUCUCCUAGACCAGUGUAAGGUGAUGGAAGACCUCUCCAUGUGGCUUAAUUUCAUCCUAAAACCAUUCCCUAUGGUACACCAAGCUAGGAUGCUGUAUCUCCUUUAUGGACCACUAUGUCCAAAUACAGAUGUGAUUUUCUGGGAGUGUAUGGCAGAGCCAUCCAUCGGUGAGGGCGAGUCUCGACAUCGUGCCAUUGCUCCCCUGAGCGAGAUCGCCAUGGCACUCAAAGCUCUCUUUAUGCACAAAGAAUGGAGCGAUGAUGAUGUCAUCAGUGUCUUGGAAGAGUUGACUGGUUGCCCAGAUGAAUGGCUUAUUGAGAACAUUGCUAGGUUGUUGAUUCUGUGUGGUGAAUCCAUCACCCUGAAAGUCCUGGGGAGUAAAGCCAUCAACGGGAAGAUGACCGACCUAGGAAACACCAUUGUGGCCUUCUCUGUGGUUUUAUAUGAUGAAGGUUUGAGGAUGUCUUGGCUCAUUAAGAUAGUACAGCAGUUAUGCCAGAUGAUGAGAACCUCUCAAGACGUCAAGGCCUUCUUGGCAUCCAUCACAGCGACGUAUAAAGACUUCAUCCUGGCACUCAUGUACACACCUGGUGAGGAAGUAACAACAAUGCAGAUCCAGGUGCACCACAUUGCUAUGGCACAGUCUGAUUUCAUGCAAGGGUUGAUGUUGCAGCUCUUUGGGUCAACUCCCCCAUCACUACAGCAGCCGAGAAUCUCCUUACAAAAUUACCGUAAGGAAAAUUGAGUAAGCAAACAUCAAAUUGUUAUCUCAUUUUCAUUUCGUAAUCUGUACGCGAUGUGUACUUGCACUGUAUACAUACUUUCCCGAGUCC